AAUUUUGUUACAAAAUAUCAGUUUAUUUGAACUUUUUAUUGAUAUUUAUCGACAUUCAUUGCUGGCAAAUAUUAUUCGUUCAUCUGUGAGAUGGAGUAUUGCGUAUUACAAGAGCAGUGACUACAGUAGUCACUGUUACAAGGAAAAUGAUCGACGGUAGAUUCCCCAAACUCAAUUAACGAAUAACACACAUCUUUUCUACCGUUAGUUUAUGUUACUAAUCAUCCGUCGCAGUUUGUGAAAGUAUGGGAGGUGAUUUCGUUAUUUAAAAUUAUCAAUAUCGAUAAUAAUUGAGAGGAUAUUUUUUUAACGUAAUACAUAUAAUAUCAUUAUGUCAGGAAUAAAGGGAGAUACUAAUAAGGAUAAUAAUCUAAGAAGACAGGGUUCGUUUAGGAAAUUACUGCCUCUGAAUACCAAUGGAGAUUCUCAAUUGAGUAUGUCUGUGAAAAUGAUCGACAGGCCGACCGUUUCGCAAACUAAUAAGGAAUAUGCAAUUUAUUUGCAAGAGUAUAACAUUUUAUCAGAAUACAACAUGUUGUGCACACAAGAUCUGAAGGGUGUAUAUGUUAUACCAUCUGCUCAGAAUUCCUUAUUAUGGUUUGGUGUACAAUUUGUCCGGCAAGGAAUUUAUCAAGGAGGAAUCUUCAGAUUUAAUAUUACACUACCUCAAAAUUUUCCAGAUGGGGGUUGUCCUAAAAUUGUAUUUCAAACUCCAGUUUUUCAUCCUUUAAUUGAUCCUGAAUCUGGAGAGUUGUGCACAACAUGGAGUUUUUCUGAAUGGAGGAAAAGCAAUAGAAUUUGGCAAUUGGUACAAUUCAUAACAAAAGUACUGACUAAAGUUGAUAUCAAAAUGAAUGCUGUAAAUCAAGAAGCACUUAAUUUAUUAGAAAAUAACUUUGAAGCUUUUCGAGAUCGCGUAAAAAAAUGUGUAAGGGAGAGUUUAAACAGAGUUUACGAUCCACCUCCAGUUGAUGAUCCUCAUUAUAUUACUUUUAGUCCAUAUGUUGGAGAACUUUAUGAUUCCAUCAAACAAGAAAUUUACCAGUCCAAGGAUGAAGAAGAAAAUAGAGCAUUGGGUUUGUCCUGGGUACAACCAGGCUCUCUUCAACCAUUCUCAAAACCUGAAGUGAGAUAGUAAUUGUAGGAAAUGAAAUCUUAAAAUAGAUUUAUAGACGUCCUUAGGAAGUAAGGAAAUUGUACAUUUUAUGUAUGCAGGGGAUAAAUUAUAAUGUAUUUUUGUAUCGUAGAAAGGUGGAAAUUUUUUAAUAAUUUUGUGAUUAAUAUGGUUUUUUAUACACAUAUACGAAACUUUAUAGUGAGCAUGUAUAAUACUCUUGUAUUUAGCUAAGUUAUAAAAAUAUAAUCAUUGAUUGAUUA